AUGGAGGCACUUUCAAAAACUUGCGUUGUAUUCGCUGUUAUCUAUUUGUUAACAGGAAAAUCUGUUCUUAAUGGAAAUGCUCAAAUGGUGGACUGCAAAGAAUCUGACAGAGAAGCACUUAUUGACUUCAAGAACGGUCUCAAAGAUUCUGCAAACCGGAUCUCCUCAUGGCAAGGUAGCAAUUGCUGUCAAUGGUGGGGAAUUGUUUGUGACAAUACUACCGGAGCUGUUACUGUGGUUGAUCUCCAUAACCCAUAUCCAUCAGGUUAUGUUUCUUCUGGCAGGUAUGGAUUUUGGAACUUGAGUGGAGAGAUUAGACCUUCACUGACAAAACUUAAGUCCUUGAGAUAUCUGGACUUGAGUUUCAACACAUUCAAUGGCAUAAUACCUGACUUCCUGUCAACUUUGGAGAAUUUACAAUAUCUGAACUUAUCAAAUUCUGGGUUUAGAGGUGUUAUCUCUCCAAAUCUUGGAAACCUCUCUAGGUUACAGUUUCUUGAUGUUUCUUCCAACUUUCUGCCUCUAACUGCUCACAACCUUGAAUGGGUGACUGGCCUCAUCUCAUUAAAAUAUAUUGCAAUGACCGGAACAAACCUUACAAUGGUAGGAUUAGGAUGGGCUGAAGCAUUCAAUAAGCUUCCACAUUUAAAUGAACUACAUUUGUCUGAUUGUGGUUUGUCAAGCUUCAUCUCCAUGCUCACUUCUGUCAACUUCACUUCUCUUACUGUCUUAGACCUCAGUGCUAACAGGUUCAAUUCCAUGUUACCUAGUUGGCUAGUAAAUAUCAGCAGUCUUGUGUCCGUUGAUCUCAGCAUCAGCACGUUGUAUGGAAGGAUUCCUCUUGGUUUCGGUGACAUGCAAAAUUUGCAAUCACUGAAGCUUCAGAAUAAUGACAAUCUCACUGCAAAUUGCUCCCAACUUCUUAGAGGAAACUGGGAAAGGAUAGAAGUUCUUGAUUUUGCUCUGAAUAAGUUACAUGGAGAACUUCCUGCUUCUCUUGGAAACAUGACAUUUCUUACUUACUUCGAUUUGUUUGUCAAUGCUGUUGAGGGGGAAAUUCCAAGCUCCAUCGGCAAACUUUGUAACUUACAAUAUCUUGACCUUUCAGGUAAUAACCUGACAGGAAGUUUGCCUGAAGAUUUGGAAGGAACAGAAAAUUGCCCUUCUAAAAGUUCCUUUUCCAAUUUGCAAUACUUAAUUGCAAGUGACAAUCAUUUGGAGGGUCACCUGCCAGGUUGGUUGGGGCAGCUCAAAAAUCUUGUUGAACUUAAUUUGCAGUGGAACUCGCUUCAAGGUCCCAUUCCUGCUUCUUUUGGCAACUUACAGAAUCUAUCUGAACUCAGACUUGAAGCAAAUAAACUGAAUGGUACCCUCCCUGAUAGUUUGGGACAACUCUCUGAGUUGACUGCUCUUGAUGUUUCUAUCAAUGAAUUGACAGGUGUUAUUUCAGAAGUUCAUUUCUCAAGGCUAAGUAAAUUGCAGCUCUUGCUUUUAUCUGCAAAUUCAUUUGUCUUUAACGUCAGCUCCAACUGGAUCCCUCCAUUUCAAUUGUGGUAUCUUGAACUGGGUUCAUGCCACCUUGGUCCUUCCUUUCCUGCGUGGCUUAGACUUCAAAAGGAGCUCAACUAUCUACAUCUUCCAAAUGCCAGCAUUUCAGGUUUCAUACCGGACUGGUUUUGGGACAUGUCAGGUAAUCUGUCUGUGUUGAAUAUGUCUUUCAAUAACCUAGAAGGCCAAUUGCCAAAUCCACUGAAUAUUGCUCCUUCUUCACUUCUUGAUUUGAGUUCCAACCAUUUUCAUGGACACAUUCCUCUUCCAAGUUCUGGUGUCCACCUAUUAGAUCUUUCCAAUAACGAUUUUUCUGGUCCUAUUCCCAGCAAUAUUGGUAUAAUCAUGCCAAAUUUGGUCUUCCUUGCUCUUUCUAACAACCAAGUAAGUGUUGAGGUCCCCGAUUCUAUUGGAGAGAUGAACUCACUUCAAGUUCUAGAUCUUUCAAGAAAUAAACUGACAGGAAGUGUUCCUUUAAGCAUAGGGAAUUGUUCUUUGCUUUCUGCUCUAGACCUACAAAGCAACAAUUUAUCUGGUGAAGUUCCAAGAUCUUUGGGUCAGCUAACUAUGCUCCAAACACUUCACCUCAGCAACAAUAGAUUCUCAGGUGAAAUCCUUUCAACUCUUCAAAAUUUGUCAGCUUUGGAAACCAUAGACCUCGGAAACAACAGAUUUACAGGAAAAAUACCAUCUUGGAUUGGAGAUUUUUUUCCACAUCUCAGGAUACUUAGCCUGAGAUCAAAUAAUUUUCUUGGAGAUAUUCCUGAAGCACUUUCAAAUUUGAGUGCUCUACAAGUUCUGGACUUGGCAGAAAAUAAUCUGAAUAGCACAAUUCCUGCUAGCUUUGGUAAUUUCAAAGCCAUGGCAGAACCACAAAAUAUAAACAUCUAUUUGUUCUAUGGAUCAUAUAUGACCCAGUACUAUGAAGAAAACUUAGUAGCUAGUGUAUAUGGCCAACCUCUUGUAUACACCAAGACUCUUUCACUUCUGACAAGCAUAGACCUUUCGGGGAACAAUUUAUAUGGAGAAAUUCCUGAAGAAAUAACAAAAUUGAUUGGGUUGUUUGUUUUGAACUUGUCAAGAAACCAUAUUAGGGGUCAAAUUCCAAAGAGCAUUUCGGAAUUGCGUCAAUUGUUAUCCCUUGAUCUUUCAGACAAUAGCCUGUCAGGUUCAAUUCCUCCAAGCAUGUCUUCAAUGACAUUUUUAGCACAUCUGAACUUUUCCAACAACAACUUGUCAGGGAUCAUUCCUUAUGCGAAUCAAAUGGCAACUUUUAAUGUAUCCUCUUUCGCUGGGAAUCCAGGUUUAUGCGGUGGUCCUCUUUCUGUAAAGUGUUCAAAUGAUGGUCCAAAUGGCAAAGGAACAACGGGUAAUUGGGGUGGCAGACGGACUACUGCUGAGUCUGGCAAGAAUAAUAGCUUUGUUGAUAAGUGGUUUUACUUCAGCAUUGGAUUGGGAUUUGCAACAGGUUUAUUGCUUCCUUAUUUAAUUUUUGCAAUUAAAAGAACUUGGGGAGACAUAUAUUUUGCUUUUGUGGAUACAAUUGUUAACAAAUUGUCAAGUUCGAAAAUUAUGGGCAAAUAA